GAGCGCAUAAAUUGUGCGCGCAAAACGGGCAGAACGGCGGCGCGAGCGUUUUAACCGCUCUGUCAUCUACAGUCCGGAUUUCUUUUUAACCCCGAAUUCUUGUUUCUUUUUAUAAACACAUUUCCGACACCACCGGGGCCGGUCCGGUUCGGUUCGGUUUAUUUUUGUUGUUGUUGUUUUUCCGUUUUUGAAGUUUUAGAUCUUGCUCGGAUCGGAAUGUAGCCUCACGCGCAUGUCUCGGGUUUUUUAUUUACACUUGGCGGAUUUGUGCACGACCGGAGACCCUCACAGUACCUUAGAGAAUCUUACAGAACCUUACAAGACGUGACUGAUACGAAACAGCACGACAUACACACACACACACACACACACACACAUACACACACACACAUACACACACGUACAGCGCACACAUAGCGCGCACACGCGCUAAACCUGCAGCAGCACGCGGACCUUUUAUUCUAUGAUCAUUUUCAUUAUUUUAUUUUAAACUCAGAGAAAGAGAGAGAGAGAGAGAGAGAGAGAGAGAGAGAGAGAGAGAGAGAAGAUUAAGGAGAAGAAGAACAGAACCCUGCUGGAUCCGAGAGCGGAUCGUCCUGAGCCGGACUCCUCCUCAUUCCUCAGGACCAUGGUGUUAGACAAGGAAGAGGGAGUGCCGAUGCUCUCCGUCCAGCCCAAAGGCAAACAGAAGGGCUGCGCUGGCUGCAACCGCAAGAUUAAAGACCGCUACCUGCUCAAGGCGCUGGAUAAAUACUGGCACGAAGACUGCCUGAAGUGUGCGUGCUGCGACUGCCGCCUGGGCGAGGUCGGCUCCACCCUCUACACCAAAGCCAAUCUCAUCCUCUGUCGCAGGGACUACCUGAGGCUCUUCGGGACGACGGGGAACUGUGCAGCCUGCAGUAAACUGAUCCCUGCGUUUGAAAUGGUGAUGAGGGCCAGAGAUAAUGUUUACCAUUUGGACUGUUUUGCCUGUCAGCUUUGUAACCAGAGGUUCUGUGUAGGAGACAAGUUUUUCCUAAAGAACAACAUGAUCCUGUGUCAGAUGGACUAUGAGGAGGGACAGCUCAACGGCAGCUUCGAGACACAGGUCCAAUAACGCCAACCUGACAGAGGCAGCAGCACACACACACACACACACACACACACACACACACACGGAGAAGCGUCUGUCUGCUUGCCUGCAAUACUUUUUCCAGUGAAAGAAGCCCUCGUGGUCCUUUAGGACUCUGGUGUAAAUGUUCUUUGGCCUUUUCCCGACUCUGAGCAGGUUGUGUUCUGGUUCUGAUCCGUGUGACUGCGUCACUCAGCACUGUAUCUCCUCUAUGGGUUCAUGUCAUGUUUUUUUCUUUUAUCCCUCGUUCCUCACGGUGAUGAUGGCGGGAUGGAGGGUGAUGUACAGCCUGGUUUUUCUGUAUAUAUAUAAACUGGAACAUUUAUUUUAUGAAAUUGUAAUGCAAUUUUAUUACUAGUGUGAAUUAAAGAACAAAACAAU